AUGAUUGUUCACUUGUGUCUGUUACUCAACGCAGCUGUCUUUCUUCUCGUCAACUGUUCGCUUUUUGUGAGUUUCAAAAAGAAGAAGCUGCGAAACUCGCUAGUUCAGGACGAUGACCCGCCCCGCCACGUCGUCGGCCGAUGCCGCCCCCAGUUAUCGUUCAUCAGCCGGAGCCGUCGAAACGAUCGCGACGGGAAAAGAGAUCGAGAAAGGAAAAAAAGAAGAAACAGGAUACGCUGCCGAAAACAAGUGAAUUUCAGAGAAGAUGACUAUCGAAUUUAGAGCAAUAUUUCAGCGGAUCCGAAAAUGAAACCUCGGGAGGCGAAUGACAAUGAAACGGUCGAUGAGACGCCGUCGCAGUGGGGAGACUUUGACGCAGAGUUUGUGGUACGCACUUCAGAAGAGAUACGAGCUAAAAAGAUAUAGGAAAAAGGUUGAAAACUUCGAGAAAAGCAGUGGAAAAAUAGUGAAAAUAACGACAAGGCAAAUUGGCGCGCAGUAGUUUAAAGGCGCAUUCUAAUUGAAAGUGGGUCUCGCAACGAUUGAAAAAUGUUUCAGAAGUCGCCGGCGAGGAACCACAAAAAGAGGACGAAGGCUCGUUGA